UCUAUCAGGCUCACCAAUUUACAGAUUCAACUCUUACACACAGCAAAUUUGCAUCGAUGAUGCUGUCGUCAUUGAUGAGCAGAGGCCUGAGAACAUUGUCACGAACGAUGGUACCACCAUGCGUAUCAUGGCCCAGAAGAACGCCACCCCAAGUGCAUGGACGAGGCAGAAGGAAGUCAUUACUGGCAAACAGCCAACUGCAGUUCUUGUCGAAAACGCAGAGCAGGCGAGAGCUCAGGUCGCUCUGAUUGAGGAAGAACUCGCUGGCGAGCCGCUCGAAGAGCCUGUUGCUGCAGCCGAGACUGUACCUGCAGUAGUUGAGCAGCCCGAUGUAGAAGGGGAGGGCGCAGUAACUACGGGCAAGGAGAAUGAGGAUGUUGCGAGCGGAGAGCCCGUCGAACUGGAGGAGUCGAGCUCUGUCAAUGAAGUGGCAGACGCUGGUGAAGCUCGGGAAAGAUUCGACGCUGAUGGUGAGGUUGCAGAAGAUGGGGUAGUCAAUAGGCCUGAGGUGGCGGCCUCAAAGCCUGCGACUGCGAAGAAGGUAGAAACCACCGAGGAGACUAUCACUGGGGAUGCAGCUCCAAGGUCUGCCCCAAGAAAAACCCUGCGUGGCAGGUCGUCUUCCAUCACUGCAGGCCCCAAGGAUACCAGCAAGCCUUCCACAAGCAAGCCAAAGCAGGCAAAGGGCGAUUCCGAUGACGGCGUUGAUCGAGAAGCUAUCAUGGCGAAUUUGCAUGCUAAUGACACUAAAGACGACAAGGUGGAUCGCGCCGCCACUGCAGCCAACUUCAAAGCCAAUGCCGACAAGCUAGCCCUAAAGAGGCCCACCAACCGAGGUGCCUCAUCUGACCGUGCGCGUCAGAUCCGAGCUGCAGCACCAGCAGGAGUUCAUGAUCGUGCAGCAAUCCGAGCUGCUUUGACCGGACAAGCAAGAGUAGACCAUGCUAAAGUAGCAAAGGACGAGGCAGAAGCAGCUCGCCAGCGAGAAGAUGAGGCUGAGCUUCUGGCGGAACAGCGUCGCUACCGGAAGGAGCUUGAGGCGCAGUUGCGUAAAGAUGAGUCUGACCGCCGUGCUGAGGAGCGGGAGGAAGCACGCCAGGUCCGCAAGGAGAAGCGUGACUGGGAUACUAAGAGACGCGAAGAAGCGCGCAAAGCCAUCGAUGCAGCUGCAAGUCUGAAAGCAACAAGCUUGGCCGACUUGGAGAAGAUCCGCGCCCAGAAUCAGUUCGUGGAGCGCUUCAAUGGCAUGUCUGAGCAGACUCAGAAGUACGACUUCGAUCCCACUGCGCCGCGUGGACCCAGCCAGACAGUCACCUACACAUCUCGCUUCGUCGAUCGUCUCAGUGACGUCAUGGACGACAUGAGCGUAUCUGGCUCUUUGUCGAUCAAGGCUGGCAAAGUUGGUGGCUCUGGAAAGGGAUCGUUCGUAGAUUCGGACAAGUUCAAGGAGAGCGACUUGAACUUCUACAUCUCUGUCAAGGUGGUAAACCAGACCAUCAACUUCAAGGAUGCUUCAGUUUUCAACCCUCUUCGUUCAGUCGAUGCGAACAACUUUCGAGAGGUUUAUGGCGACUCUUUCGUCUCGGGCUUCGUCGAAGGUGGCGAGUUCAACGCACUGGUCAGCAUGAAGAUCCUCAACAAGGCCAAAAAGACAGAUAUCCAAGCUGAAGCCAAGAUUGCUUUGACAGCUGGCACUGUUCAAAUCGAAGCUGAAGCGAAUGUCGGUAUAGCCCGCGCCAACAUUGAGACGAACACCGAGACCACUAUCCAGGUGAGUUGGUCUGGCGGUGGUCAUAUCAAGCCUAUGGAGCAACAAUGGGAUAUUCAGAGCUUGAUGGCAGCGGCUGCACGCUUCCCUGACUUGGUUGCCGACUGCCCGCAACGGACAUAUGCGAUCUUGACCAAGUAUGAUGCCCUUAGGAGCUUCGUCGCCAGGAAACCAGCGUCGUACACACCUCUCCAGUACGAGAAUGCGCAGAUUUACACCAACACUCUGCUGGAUUCUUUUGUCAGCUACAAGUCGUUGUACAAGCGUCUUGGUGAGCAGAUUUUUGGGGUUCAGGGCAAGACGCUAGAUAUCAUUCCCUGGAGCGAUGCCGACAAAGAGAAGGUCUCUGCCUAUUCGACAGCAGUGACUAGAAUGGGCUCCAAGAGUGAAAACGGACUCUACCCAUUCACUGAAGUUGACUCGAAAUUUGAAGCCUCCAUUAAGGGUCUUAGCGAUGCUCGAACUGCAAUUCGUCGCCAAAUGGCCCGCAUUGUCAAUGAAGUCGACGGCAUCGAGAAGGACCCAAAACUCGCAACUGAUGAGGAUCAUACUGAGCCUUACCAGUCCCCAGUCGCAUUCGAGGCACGCGUUCCGGUAGCCGAGGUUCCCGAAAGUCUGCGUGUGAAGAGCCACCCGCUGUCAGGCAAACGCAUUGCGGCGAAGAGUCUAUCCGAGGAGGAACAGCAGAAGCAGAUCGAGGAGGAAGACAAUGCUAUUGAAGGACAAGCCGUCUACACUGACGCAGAGAAACCGAAGCUGGAUCCCGAUGAGAUUGCGGCUCUCGACAAACUCCUUCUUGCAAACCCAGCGCUUGGCGCAGACUUCCGCGCCUCAAUUGCUGUAGGCGCCAGUAUGAAGGGCGAGCUGUUCAACAACCUUGAUUUCUUGAAGCCCGAUUGGAAUGUUCGCAGCAUUCGUACCGAAAUGGCGGGUGGCGCACUCGUGUACCUAGCCAUCUCCUAUGAGAACGGUCUCUUGGUCGAGAAGGGUUCAUCACGUGGUAAAGACAAGAGGUUCGGCCCCUUCAUUGGAGCUGAACGCAUCAACUCUGCCUCCAUCGAAUACGGCAGGCCAAAGAGCAAAGACAAAGAUUCAUUCCCAACACAAGUACUCGGACUUCGUCUGUUUACCAAUCGUGGUCGAUCAUUGAUUGCGCGUGCUGCGAAGUCCGAGGUCGGUGAGGGCGGCAUCGUCACUCGCGAUGGCGUUGCCUACGAAGAUGUGCGGGUCCAGUAUGUGGACAUGCCUUUCAACUCGGGUACUAUUAAGGGAUUCUUCGGUCGAAGCGUGGACGGUCCCGACAGCAAGAUCUAUCGCCUUGGUCUCAUCUGGUCCCGCGCGUCUAAGUUGACGGCAGACGAAGCAGAAGCGAGAUUUUCCGAAGGUAUUGACGUGAUUGACAGCGAGGAUUUCGCAGAGCUUCAAAAGAGUCAAAACACUAGCGCCAAGUCACUUCAGGAUAAGCUUUCGGCGUCUCAGAAGGUAGGCUCAUUCUAUUCUCGUUGCUCGAAUGAACAUACUGAUCUGUUGCAGGCUCUUGAGGACAGCCGAAACCGGAUCACUGAGCUCGAGAAGGUCCGCGAAAGCGCGCCAACUUUCGAGGCACAGUGUGGUUCCUUCUCUGCACGCAACUUCGGUUGGAGACAGGGCGAGAACUCCUCCACGCGUUGCGCAGUGCAGUUCCCAUGCCGUUAUCCAUCGGCACCGAAACUGCUUUACGGUUUGAACUGCAUCGAUGCUGAGAGGGGCCGGGCACGCGCACUGUCGAUUUGCCACCACGAAGUGAACGCUGGUGGCUUCAAUGUCCAAGCAGCAUCAUGGAGCGGAUGCUUUGGCUACGAAAUUGGCUGCAGCUGGCUCACCCUCCCAAGCGACAUGCACCUUGAGACCGGCAUGGUAUACACGGCCUCCGCCGGCCGGUCCAACUCUCCGGACUGCGAGCAGCACAUAUGGUUCAGCCAGGCAUUUGACUCGCCCCCGAAGAUUGCCGUCUGGAUCCAAGAGUUCGAGUGGCUCCAGAAUGACUUCAUGUCUAUCAAAUGCUUUGCCACAGAUAUCGCACCCAAUCACUUCCGUUUGCGCAUUGAGUCCUGGGCGAAUCGCAAAUUUGCAAACGUCCGCGUGCAGUGGGUUGCGUAUCCCGCAGAGGAGGAUGGCAAGCGCGUGAAAGCUGGCAGGAACACGGUGUCGAGAGCGCAAAAGGAGGCGUCGAACCGAGCACCGUUCUACGGCCAACCGUUCAAAAACACACCAAAGACGUUCAUCGCUAUUUCUGAAAUGGAUUUCGGGAUCGACAGGAAUACGCGCUUCCGUUGCUCUGCAGAUGCGCCGAACAACAGGGAGUUGGAGUGGAAGUAUGGCACUUGGGACGAUACUAACAUGGACCACGCUGAGGUACAGUGGCUUGCAAUUGAGUAAUACAUGGACUCGCUAUGCCAACAUGGUUGGACGGUUGUACAUAUCAGGAUAGGCGCGUAAUUGGAUUCUGCAGCUACUAAGUCUUUCGCUCUUCCACAUCAUAAGUCCACCAAUGGUCUACUCAGGCACGGUGAGAAGCAUCAGCUCUUUUCACACAUCCAUGUUGGGUUCUUAGCUGUAUAGCGCAGCGUUUCUGCUUGAUCAGAG